AUGGCCGCCGCAGGCGCCCGGGGGAUCCAGUCGCUGGUGCUGGACGCGGCGCCACUGCUGACGCAGGCGCGCAUUGCAGGUCUCGCGGACAAGUACUAUAUCCCGCCGUCCGUGCUGGCCGAGCUGCGCGACGUGCGCGCGCGCGAGUACUUGGAGAACCUGCACGCCACCGGCCAAGUGGACCUGCAUGUGCGCGAGCCCAGUGCGGCGGCGCUCGCGAAGGUCGUUGCCUUUGCGAAGCAGACGGGCGACUAUGCGGUGCUUUCGCCUGCCGACCUGCAUGUGCUAGCGCUGACCUACGCGCUCGAAGUCGAGGCCCACGGCACGUGGCGCAUCCGCGAGACGGUCGGCGGCAAGACGGGGCAGCAGCAGCACGAGGAGCAGCGCCUCGCGGAGAAGAGCGCGCAGAGUGCGGCUGAGCCCAAGGCCGACGCGGACGACGCCAAGGCCGCGCCGUCCGAGGCGCCGUCGGAUGCGUCCGACGGCUUCACGCUCGUGGCCCGCAAGACGCGGCCUGUCCACAGCGCGGAGGACGACGACGAGGGCGAGUGGAUCACACCGGAGAACAUCACACAGCACAAGAACAAGUCGCUGGGCCUCGUGGGCAGCGAGAGCACGGCCGAGGAGGUGCCGAAAAAGGGGCGUCGCCGGCGCGGGCGCAAAGGCGCUCCGUCGCGGAUGAGUGUCGCGUGCAUGACCGGCGACUUUGCCGUGCAGAACGUGCUUCUGCAGAUGGGGCUCUACCUCGUCGGUGUCGACGGUCUGCGCAUCGAGCGUGUGAAGAGCUGGGUCCUGCGCUGCCACGCAUGCUACAAGCUGUGCCCCGACGUGGAGCGCAAGUUUUGCCCGUCGUGCGGCAAUGCCACGCUGCUGCGCACGUCCGUCACGGCGGGUGCGCCAGGCGACGGCGCGUCGGGCCUGCAGGUGCACCUGAAGCCCAACUUCCAGUACAAGAACCGCGGCACGGUCUACUCGCUGCCCCUGCCGCGCGCGGGGAGUGCGUCGGGCGGCCAGGCGAGCGGGCGUGCGCGGAACCGCCAGACGGGCGUGCCGAUCCUGCGCGAGGACCAGCUCGAGUGGCAGCGCGCCGUGUCGCAGCAGAAGACGCACCGGCAGAAGGAGGAGCGCGCCCUGCAGAAGGCACUCGCGAAGGGCCAGGACUCCCUGACGGCGCGGUACGCGGACCCCGACUGGGUGCCGGACCUGCUCCGCGGGACGCACACGCCCGCAGCGAGCGAUCUGCCCGCACUAGGGAUAGGGCGCAAGAACCCGAACGAGCGCCGCCGGCGUAAGCGCUGA